AUGGUAACAUUGAAAGAGGCAAUAUCAAAUGUGUUCACCAACUUGAAUAAUGAACAAAAAAGGGAAAUACUCAACGUCUUGGUACACAUUCUUCAAAAAAUAAUUGAAAAUCCUUCCAGGGCAAAAUUUCGAUCUUUAAAAAAAGACAAUAAAACGUUUAUUAAUAAGCUCGUGCGUUUUAAUGGAGCAGACGUUGUCCUAAGGUGCCUUGGUUUUGAGGAGGAUGAAGAAAAAUGGUUCUUUCCAGUUUCAAAAGACAUCACAUUGACAAGGAAUCUUAGUGAAAUCCAAGAAUUGGGAAAAGACAGUGUGUAUAUGGGGAAUAGGUCAGAAUCCGUUUUUGAACAGAAUCAAUCAAAUUAUUUGAAGGAGUACAAUAGUUCCUUGAAUGGUUAUAAUAUUUCUUCCAAAUUAAAUAAAAAUGAAGGAAUUAUAAAAAAUAAUUCAGAUGAAUUAAAGUUAGGUGGCUUAUCAAAAAGAAGAUUAGAAAAAGAAAGAUUGGAAUUGUUAAAUGAAAAUGAAAAUACAAUUAAAUUAAUACAAGAAUACUCAGAUAAGUGGAUAAUUCAAAUUAAAGGAGCAGAAAAUACUUUAUAUUCAAAUGAAACAUUCAAAAUGCAAUUUAAGUUUACGGAAAAAUAUCCAAUAGAAAGUCCAGAAGUAAUAUUUAUUGGAGAACCACCAAUUCAUCCACAUAUUUACAGUAAUGGUCAUAUUUGUUUAUCAAUUUUAUAUGAUCAUUGGUCACCUGUUCUUUCAGUUAAUUCUAUAUGCUUGUCUAUUAUAUCCAUGCUUUCAAGUUGCACCAAAAAAAGAAAACCAAUCGAUGACAUGCUUUACUGUUCUGCUGGGCACAAAGUUUCUCCCAAAAACAUGAGAUGGAUGUUUCAUGACGAUAAGGUGUAA